UAAUGUAUAAACAUUUAUUGAAAUUGCGCUAUGCUUAUCAACCAAGUAUUAAAUUUACUCAUGCCCAUCCUUCAUCCUAAUAUACUCCAAUAUAAAUGACAGUCAGAGAAGCAAUAAAUCUUGCAAUGGAUGAAGAAUUAGCUCAUGAUCCUAAUGUAUUUUUACUUGGUAUAUGAUUUUAUAUUUAUAUAUAUAUCAGGAGAGGAAGUAGGACAAUAUUAGGGUGCUUACAAAGUAUCUAAAGGAUUGUUCUAAAAAUAUGGAGGUGAUCGAGUUAUUGAUACUCCAAUUACUGAAGCAGGAUUUACAGGUAUAGCUGUAGGAGCAGCACUUUAUGGAUUGAAACCUAUUGUUGAGUUUAUGACUUGGAAUUUUGCAAUGCAAGCUAUUGAUCAUAUAAUAAACUCUGCUGCUAAAGCACAUUAUAUGAGUGCUGGUGAUUAGAAGGCAUCUAUUGUCUUUAGAGGAAUCAAUGGGUAAGAUCAAAAAUUUAUAAGCCUUUAGUGCUACGGCUUAUGUUGCAGCUUAACAUUCUUAAUGUUUUGCUUCAUGGUAUAGUAAUGUACCUGGAUUGGUUGUGUUAGCUCCAUAUGAUUGUGAUGAUGCUAAAUCACUUCUCAAAGCAGCUGUAAGGAAUCCAAAUCCUGUAGUAUUCUUAGAGAAUGAAAUCUUAUAUAGUGAAUCAUUUGAACUAUCAGCAGAAGCUAGAGAUCCUAAUUAUUUAGCACCUAUAGGAAAAGCUAAGAUUAUGAGAUAAGGAGAUCACGUCACAAUAGUUGCAUUUUCAAAAAUGGUUUAAUAUUCUCUUAGAGCAGCUGAAUAAUUGUUUAGAGAAGGAAUUAAUUGUGAAGUUAUUAAUUUAAGAAGUUUAAGACCAUUAGAUAGAGAAACAAUUCUUGAAAGUGUUAAAAAAACUGGUCGUGUAGUAUGUGUAGAAGAGGGAUGGCCAUAAUCUGGUAUUUCAGCUGAAAUUACUGCUCUUAUAAUGGAAGGAGGAGCAUUUAAAUAUUUAGAUGCACCUAUUUAAAGAGUGACUGGUGUAGAGAUACCUACUCCAUAUGCUUUUAAUUUAGAAGCUAUGUCAUUCCCUAAAACUGAAUAAAUUGUUGAUGCAGUAUUAAAUGUCUUAAAGGGUGCUCGUUGAU